AUGUUGGAGAAGAACCCAGCCCCGAGCGAUUCGACUACUGGUUCAAAUGGGUCUACGCCAGUCCCUGUUGCCAUUGCUGAACAAGACCUCGAGAAACAUGCCACCACCACAGGCACAGGCACAGCGACAGCACAACAGAGCAAUGGUCCAAGUCCACCAACUGCCACAGUUCAUGAUUGGGAUGGACCAGACGACCCUGAAAAUCCGCUAAACUGGUCGCUACUCAAGAAGAGUUAUCACUCUCUAUUCCCUGCGCUUCAAUGCCUUACAAUCACAUUCGGCGCUUCAGUCAUCACACCCAGUAUCCCCGAGAUCGCGCGACAUUUCGACGUCAGCAUCACAGCCGCAAUCGUAACAUUAACAGUCUACGUGAUCGGACUUGCAUUCGGGCCCGUCGUCAGCGCACCACUUUCGGAAACGUACGGCCGGCGCGGCGCAUAUCUGGUCUUCUUCCCAUCAUCACUAUUCUUCACGCUCGGCGCCGGAUUCGCCAAAAACUUCGGAACACUAGUAGUAUGUCGGUUUUUCGCGGGACUUUUGGGAUCGGGAUGUCUGGCCGUCGGGGCGGGUUCCAACUCAGACAUAUUCUCACCAUACCAACGAGCGGUGUCGGGCGUGCUAUUCGUCAUGACGCCCUUUCUCGGUCCUGCGCUCGGCCCAGCUAUCGGCGGCUAUGUGGCGAUGAAAAAAGGAUGGCGCUGGACACAAUGGCUUACACUAUUCUGGGGGGCAUUGUCUUACGCAGUCACGAUCCCGCAGCAAGAAACGUACAAGAAAAUCAUCCUUCAACGCCGCGCAAAGAAAUUAGGUCUGCCGCCGGCCCCUAGCCCGCUUCCGCCGGGAAUGUCGCCUAUCAAGUUUUUGCUGAUCGUCACGCUUCUCCGGCCGCUGAGGAUGUUGGGGACGGAAUCGAUUGUUGCUUUUACGAGUAUCUAUACGGCGUUCAACUUUAGUGUCUUGUUUGGGUUCUUUGCUGCGUUCCCGCUUGUCUUUGAAUCUUUUUACCCGGAGAUUCAGGUCUAUCAUUUCAACGAGGGCGAGUCCGGGCUGGUGUUUUUGGGGAUUGGAUUGGGCGUGGUUCUGGGGACGUUGGCGUUUAUUGGCUUUGAUUUGUUUAUUUAUCGCAAGAAGAUGCGGAGCAUGAUGCAGAACGGACAGGCUGGGGCAGGGGCGGGGGCAGGGGCUGUGGGAGAGUUCGUCCAGUUACCCCCAGAAGAGAGACUCUAUGCGGCCAUGGUCGGGUCCUUCAUGUUGCCCAUCGGUCUAUUCUGGUUCGCCUGGUCAGCUCGGCCGUCCGUCCAUUGGAUCGUGCCGGUUCUCGCGACAAUUCCGUUCGGGAUGGGCAAUAUGCUUGUGUUUUGCUCCGGUGUGUGUUAUCUUGUCGAUGCGUAUGGUCCUUUAAUGGGCGCCAGUGCCAUUGCUGCCAAUGCGUUGUUGAGAUAUGUGGUCGGCGGGGUGUUUCCCCUUUUUACGAUUCAGAUGUACCGUGGAAUGGGCGUCGCUUGGGCAACUAGUCUCUUUGGAUUCGUCACGGUCGGCCUGCUUCCGAUCCCGUGGGUGCUGUAUAAGUAUGGUCCGAUCAUCAGGCGGAGAAGUGCUUAUACCUAG